UUCCCACACCAGACAUUAAAGUCGGCAAAUUGUAUGCAUUCUUAUACCCCUACCCCAUUUAUAUUGAGCCCCGUUCUUCGUCUUCCUCGACUUGGAUUGCAAUUCCCAGAUCUCGUUCCUUCUUAAAGUCGGCAACUUUGCUUACUUGGGUUAAUCGUAUCCAGCAGCUUCUUCAAGGUUUUGUUCUUAUCCGAAUAGCUUUUGUUAUUAUUAUCUGCAAAUGCUGACUACUAGUGUUACUGCCUCCUUGCUGCCUUCAUUAUCUAACGGACAUUGUUUAGAGCCACAAAUUAAAGGCAAUGGCUGCCGUGGUGCCGAUAGAAUUCCCGCACGAAUUCGGCCAAGGGGACUUGGCUUGCAAUUACAACCUAUUGUUAGAAGGCGUAGAAACCAAUCUUUAUCCAUUGUAUGUGCUGCUGCUGCUUUGAAUGCAACUUGUAGUGCAUCGGGGCAAACUCAAACCGUUACUCGGGAAGCACCAACAAUCACCCUAGCUCCUGUUCACUCAAAGGAGAAGUCGCCGCAGCUGGAUGAUGGUGAUUCUGGAUUUCCACCCCGUGAUGAUGACGGUGGUGGCGGCGGUGGGGGAGGCGGUGGAGGCAACUGGUCUGGUGGAUUUUUCCUUUUCGGAUUUCUCGCAUUUCUAGGCUUCUUAAAGGAUAAAGAAAGCGAAGAAGACUACAGGGGCAGUCAAAGAAGAUGAGAGAGACUGCUAAUUGAGAAGAGCUUUGGAACCUAUUGCAUAUUACUGUUCAUACUGUAGUAUUUGUGGUCUUGACAUGGCAGUGGAUAUGGCUUUUGUAUUAUUAGCAGUAUGAUCAUGCAUUCUCUCCAUAUAUUUUAUGAAUUUGGCAGAUCUAGAAGCUAUUUUACUCGGAUUUGGGUAUCGAUUGUCGGAUUUUGUAUGUCCUAAAAAGUUUAGCUGAGGGGAGACUUAUCUCAGUCUAGGGUCAAGAGUAUGUCGCGGGUCUUGUAGAAAGUUG